AUGACGGAAAGAGAUAUUCCAAAAAUUCACGCAGAUGCAAAAGAAGAUAUACUCUAUAUACAAGAAGAAAUUAAAAAUGCCGCAUUAAAAACCGUAGAAAAACAUUUUGGGAGUGGUGCUGAUCCUCAGUUAGGUCAAACAGUCGCAACUCUCGUUAAAAAGGCAUGUUGGGUCAACGAUACUUUUGAAUUGGCGGCUCCAAAUUUAGAAGUGAACGGAUUUGAUUAUGAUAAAGCUCUUAAGGAAAAGGACGACACGGAACCACUUGAUGAAAACUUAAGACAUAAAGUACAAACACUUCAGGCAGAGAUCGAAGAGAUGACUCUACUUAUCGCGCAAAAUCGUAAAACAUUACCUGACCAGGCAGAGAUUUUAAUUCGAGAUCUGAUAAAGAGGCAGUCAAUGCUGGUAGAUGAUGUAGAACUCGUUAAUGGCAAAGAGGAAAUGGAAGAAGAUAUAGAAUCAUUGGAUGAUAUGUCAAGUAUACGAUUUGUAGAACAGAUACAUCGGAAAUAUGACCGAAAUCUUUCAGUUUUAUCAGAUUUAAAAAAG